CACGGGUGUGUGUGCAUGUGUUCUAUUGGUUUCAAAGAGAAGAAAAGACUGGUUAUGUUAGUCUCAGUGGCCACUCCUCACAGAAACCCAUCUCACUCAACUUCUUCUUGGAGAGGGGCUGGUGUUUUCUUUCAUCAAACAACUCACAGAGGAGGAGGAAACACUUCAACUGCUCCAGGUUGAAAUGGACCAAAUACAAAACGCGCCACUGAAAAUGAAUCUGAUGAACCUUGGGACCAAACCUACUCAGUCCAAACCUCAGGAGAGGGAACAAUGGGGCAGCAAGAUUGAGUUUAUCCUAGCUGUGGCCGGACACAUCGUUGGUCUGGGAAAUGUUUGGAGGUUUCCAUACCUUUGCUACAAAAAUGGAGGAGGGGUUUUCUUCAUACCUUAUGUUUUAUUUUUGUUCACCUGCGGCAUUCCACUUUUCUUCCUGGAGACAUCUUUGGGCCAGUACACAAGUCAGGGUGGAAUAACAUGUUGGAGAAAAAUCUGCCCUCUCUUUGAAGGCUUAGGUUACGGAAGCCAAGUGAUUGUUUUGUACACUGGGGUGUAUUACAUCAUCAUUUUGGCUUGGACGUUUCUUUACCUGUUUUCAUCCUUCAGGUCUGAGCUUCCAUGGGCAAGCUGUAAAAACAGCUGGAACACAGAUGGCUGUUUUGAACACGGUCACAAUCAAUCAUCCGCUCUGCUCCUGCAUGGAAGUAGCACAUCUUCAGUUGUAGAAUUCUGGGAGAGAAGAGUCUUGGGGCUCUCCAGUGGAAUUGAGGAAAUUGGGAAUAUUCGUUGGGACCUGGCUCUUUGUCUGCUUCUCGCCUGGAUCAUGUGUUACUUCUGUGUCUGGAAUGGAGUGAAAACAACAGGAAAGGUGGUCUACUUCACUGCCACAUUUCCGUACGUUAUGCUGGUGGUUCUGCUUGUUCGUGGUCUUACCUUACCGGGGGCCAAAGAAGGAAUCAUGUUCUACCUCUACCCAGACCCUUCCCGCCUCACUGAUCCAGAGGUAUGGAUGGAUGCUGGCAGCCAAAUUUUCUACUCCUAUGGAGUUUGCACAGGUGUUCUGACAUCUUUAGGAAGUUACAACAAGUACAGCAACAACUGCUACAGAGACUGUGUUUACCUGUGCCUGUUGAACAGUUUAACCAGCUUUGUUGCUGGCUUCGCCAUCUUUUCUGUACUUGGUUUUAUGGCAAAGGAGCAAGGUGUGGACAUCUCGAUGGUGGCAGAGUCAGGUCCAGGGUUGGCAUUCAUUGCUUAUCCUCGUGCUGUGGCUCUGAUGCCACUUCCCCAGCUUUGGGCCAUUUUCUUCUUCAUUAUGAUCAUCUUCUUGGGAUUAGACAGUGAGUUUGUGUAUCAAGAGGCGCUGGUCACAACCAUCUCCGACAUGUAUCCUGGGUUCUUUCAAAGCAGCUGUCGGCGUAAACUCCUUCUUCUUGCCAUUUCUGUUGGAAGUUUCUUUCUUGGGCUUCUGAUGGUCACAGAGGGAGGCCUGUAUAUUUUCCAGCUGUUUGACUACUAUGCCUGCAGUGGGAUGACACUCCUGCUUUUUGCUGUUCUCCAGUCUGUCUGUAUUGGAUGGAUCUAUGGUGCAGAUCGUCAGUAUGAUAAUAUACAGGACAUGAUUGGAUAUCGGCCAUGGCCUUUUAUGAAAUAUUGUUGGCAGUACUUCACACCAGCUAUCUGUAUUUGCACAUUUAUCUUCUCCUUGGUCAAAUAUACCCCACUCAAAUUCAACAACACUUAUGAAUACCCCUGGUGGGGCUACACCAUCGGAGGAUUCUUUACUCUAUCUUCAACACUCCUGGUUCCUCUGUGGAUGUUGUACGCUGUGUGUGUCACUCCUGGAACACUGAGACAGAGACUGAAGUUUCUGUGCACGCCAUCAAAGGACUUACCCACUGCAACAUUAAAGAAGGCGUCGAAUAAAGAAGCAUUUCAAACUUUCACAGACUUGUACACACUGCGCACGAUAGAAAGUCCUGAUGACCAAGGAGACAGAGCUCAGGGGCCAUUCAUUAUUUAAACUGCAAGGGGGUAAAAAAGACUGAAAUGGGACAAUAACCAUGAGGAGUUUAACAGAGCUUAAACAGUUUAAGUCAGUCAAAACUGCAAAAACAUAUGUAUCUAUCUCAUCUUCCAGGUUGUGAAUGUAAAUAUAUUAUACAUACAUUUUGUUUUUUUUCUUGUGUAUUCCAGCUGUAUAUAUAUUUUUUAUUAUUAUAUAGAUUACAGAUUGUAAGACUUUUAUUUGAAGAGUUCUUUUUAAAUAACAACAGGGUGCAAACAAAAAGUCUGGGAGAAGGAAGGGGAGAAUCUAACUGCAAAACAGUUUUCUGUAUGAAUUUAGCAAUGACAGGAAUGUCUUUCCUUCAAUUAUAAACUGUUUUAUAUACAGUUUCUGAAUGAUUCUAUUUCCAGUAGUCUUUAUAUUAUUGUUAAUUACAGAAAUCCCAUUAAAUAAUGGUAUGGGGUAUGAUAAUUUAUUGUGUAACAAGCAUGAGGUGUUGAAAAAACUGGUUAAGAAUACUGACAAAUAUUAACAAUUGAAUUGAAACUAAGAAUUAAGCAAUAAAAAUGAAUGUUUACGUUAGUAAAAUACCGACAUACUUAGCAAAGAUAUGUAGGAAAAAUAGGCUUAUCAAAUAGUAAAUGAGGUAUAGAGAUAAAGACGAUUGUGUAGGUAGGUACAGCACUUUACAAAACACCUGUCCAAUGUAGUGGGCGUUACAACAGAGCACACCAGUGUUCCUUUAACACCCGAAACUGACUGAAACCUUUGUAUGCGAGAUGUAAUUCAACACAUUACAUGUUCAGAGCUUCAUUCAUUUUAAUUACGGAGUAAUAUAAAGCGUCAGUGUUCAACUGUUCUGCACUUUAAUUACAGUCUAAGUGCACAUUAUGUGGGCUGCAAUGUAAAACUUAUUGUGUAUUCCUUUUGAUCACUGUAAUACCUCAAAUUAUCAUCGCAAAAAACAAAGUGUGUAUAUAUGUGGGUUGUGUACAUAUGUGUAUUUUAUUAUGUAUACUCAUACGUGGAUAUAUGAUGUCUAUAUCAGUAUUUUAUUCAAUUCAAUUUCAAGUCAAUUUCUCUAAUUUUGUUCUCAAAAUUAUUUUCCUUGUUCACUUGAUUUUUGUUGGUUUCUAUAAAGUACUGUUAA